AUGGCGGCCUCUUCUUCUUCAUCAUCGUCAUUCCUAACUUCCACCUUCUUCCCUCGCUCACCAACCACUUCCUUCCUCCAACCGCGCUCCCUUCCCUAUCUUCUCCCUCUUUCCAAAUCCGCUUCUCUUCGUGACGGCCGGACGAGCGUCACCGCUCCUCCUCGCGCCGUCCUCUCCUUCCUCCGCAGGACUUCGAUCAGCUCUCUUCCUUCUCCCUCCGCAGUCUUUCCUUCCCGGAAAUGCUCCGACGACUUGACAGACUCGUCGUCUUCGGCUGCUUCUGUUGUCGAUGUAAUUCUUGUAGUGUGCGCCUCCGUCGCGCUGUCCUUGUCUCUGUUCCUGGCCGAUGUCGACUCCGCCGCUGCGUUCGUCGUCACCACUCCCCGGAAGUUGCAGGCGGAUGAGCUCGCUACUGUUCGCCUCUUCCAGGAGAACACUCCUUCCGUUGUCUACAUCACCAAUUUGGCUGUCAAGCAAGAUGCUUUUACUCUGGACGUGCUGGAGGUGCCGCAGGGAUCAGGAUCGGGGUUCGUUUGGGACAAAAAUGGUCACAUUGUCACCAAUUAUCACGUCAUUCGCGGCGCUUCCGAUCUCAAAGUGACUCUAGCUGAUCAGACAUCUUAUGAUGCAAAGGUCGUUGGAUUUGACCAAGAUAAGGAUGUUGCGGUGUUGAGUGUCGAAGCUCCGCUAGACAAAUUGAGACCCAUUCCUGUUGGUGUUUCUGCUGACUUGCUUGUUGGUCAGAAGGUCUAUGCUAUUGGUAACCCUUUUGGGCUUGACCAUACUCUGACCACCGGUGUCAUCAGUGGACUCCGUAGAGAAAUAAGCUCUGCUGCUACAGGCCGUCCAAUUCAGGAUGUUAUCCAGACGGAUGCAGCAAUUAAUCCAGGGAAUAGUGGAGGUCCACUUCUCGAUAGUGCAGGAAACUUGAUUGGGAUAAACACAGCCAUCUAUUCACCAUCUGGCGCAUCCUCUGGUGUCGGGUUUUCAAUUCCAGUCGACACUGUGAAUGGCAUAGUUGAUCAGAUAGUGAAGUUCGGCAAAGUCACCAGACCGAUAUUAGGAAUUAAGUUUGCGCCUGAUCAAUCAGUGGAACAGUUGGGCGUAAGUGGGGUGCUUGUCUUAGAUGCUCCUGCAAGUGGCCCAGCAGGCAAAGCUGGCCUGCUACCAACUAAACGCGAUGCAUACGGUAGACUCAUAUUGGGCGACAUCAUAACAUCCCUGAACGGGAAGAAGGUCGCGAAUGGAAGUGAUUUGUACAGAAUUCUUGAUCAAUGUAAAGUGGGCGAGACGGUGACGAUAGAGGUGCUCCGUGGGGAUCACAAGGAGAAGAUACCCGUAAUUCUUGAACCAAAGCCGGACGAGUCGUAGAUGGGGUUUGGCUGAAAGUGGUCAGUUCUUCAGCUCUCUGGUUGUUUAGGCUAUAGACAGCCCUUCUGCCAUGCAAUGCAAUUGUUUCACUGAAUUUGAGCUGGAGGGGCUUUGUUGUUGUACAUAUUCUGUAUCCGUCACUGGCUUAACUAUCAAGUAUCAAUUUCUGCCUACAAUUAUUACAGUGAUGCUAACUUCAAUACAGUCUCGAGCUUGCCUUUUCAGAAAUUCCAUAAUUGGGAUUUGGAAUGCUUGCUCUUGACUUGUGAUAUCGUCGUGAGAAUACUGUUCAUUUCGGUCAUGAAUACACAAACCGGGCUUUAUCUGUGUUCGUGAUUGGGUUUUGGAUUCGAGAUGCGUACCGUGAGUUCCCUUGACAAUUGGACAUGAGAUUUGAGAUGCUUUCAGUGGUUAGAGUUGUUGAAUCUGGUUGUCGUGUGCCC